GUGCGGACGCCGGAGCAGUACUACCAGACCUUCAGCCCCAGCGCCAGCCACUCGCCGGCUCGCUCCGUCGGCAGGUCCCCAUCCUACAGCUCCACUCCCUCCCCGCUGAUGCCCAACCUGGAGAACUUCCAAUACAGCCAGCAGCCCCUGAGUGCUGGUGCCUUCCCGGCCGGCAUUGCUGACCACAGCCAUUUCAUGCCGCUGCUGAACCCUUCUCCCACUGACGGGACGAGCCCCGACACUCAAUCUGGGAACUGCAAAAACUUGCAGAAGGAGAAGCUGCCCGAAAACCUGCUGUCAGACCUGAGCCUGCAGAGCCUGACAGCACUCACCUCCCAGGUGGAGAACAUUUCUAACACUGUCCAGCAGCUGCUGCUCUCCAAAACAGCUGUGCCCCAGAAAAAGGGCAUCAAGACCCCAGCGAGGACCCCCGAGCAGCUCAAGGGGCAGCACUGCAGUCCUGAGAGCAGCACCUACUCGGCAGAGCAGGUGGGGACCCCCCUGUCUGACCCACUGAGCACCCCCCAGUCUGUCCACGCUGAGACACAGGACACUGACUAUCUCAGUGGGUCAGAGGACCAGCUGGAGAGGAGUUUCCUGUACUGCAACCAGAACCGCAGCCCUGCCCGCGUCAACAGCAACUCCAAGGCAAAGCCUGAGUCAGUGUCCACCUGCUCUGUGACCUCCCCAGAUGACAUGUCCACCAAAUCAGAUGACUCUUUCCAGAGUAUCCACGCCACCCUGCCCCUGGAGACCUUCACCAAGUAUGUGAGCAAUGAACGGGACUGCCCCCGACUGCUCCUCAGCGCCCUGUCCCAGGAGGAGCUGGCUUCUGAGAUCAUCGUCCUGCAGGAUGCCAUCAAUGAGAAGGCAGACAAAGCCUGGGCCAACUUGCCCAUGCUGGGCAAGGAGACCACCAAGUCCCCUUUCCAGAUGGAGAACCACCGGCCCAGCCUGGACUCCAUGGUGAAAGGUGCCUGGCCCAGCCAGGGUGACUCCAGCACACUCACCGAGCCCCUCAAGCUGGACAAAGCUUCAGGGGCCAGCACAGGGAAAGACUUUAGUGAGGAGGUGUACGAGGGUCCCCAGGUGGAGUUCACAGCCACUGAAAGCAAGGAUGUGCUGAAGGACACUGCCCCACUGGCCUUCAACUCCAAGCCCAGCAUCCCGGCAGCGACGUCCAGCGCGGGAGCCACCGGCUACAGCUGCUACUCGAACACCACCGCCAACUCGGUGGCGUCUGAGAAUGCCAUGGAGCAUUUCGAGUGGCCGGAGGAGAGCCUGGGCGAGGCCUGCCUGCGGUGGAAGGAUCUCCAGGCCACCGAUCUCCCCAAGGGCUUGUUCCCCAGCAAACUGGUGAGCUCCUGCAAGGAGAAAAAAAACGACUGCGGCUUGGACCUGUGCGAUGGAGAGCAGCCAGCCAAGAGUGAGCCGGUCCAGGACUUUGGCCAGCAGGUGAUGGAGGAGGAGGAGGAGACACUGACCUACGAUGAAGCAACAAAGGCAGACAGCGAGAGGUGGCUGCAGGACACCCGGCACUGCUGCUCAGCUGGGGACUUUAGUGAGAUCCCCAUCAUCUCCUCACCGGAUCUGAAGGAGUCAGACCUGGAGGCAGAGGAGUACUCCUCACUCUGUGAGCUGGCUGGCUCGGAGCAGAAGUCAGUGACGUACGAUGCCUCUCCACCCAAGCCCCCCGAGAUGCCGGCCGUGCUGUCCUCCAGCGAGGUGCCUGUGUCUGCCGAGGAGACCGUCAGCACCGUGGAGAAGGAGAGUUCAGCUCCCACCCCACGCCUCUCUGGCCAAUCUGUCAUCCUGCUGGGCCCCGCUGUGGGCACAGAGACCAAGGUGAAAAGCUGGUUCAAAUCCUCCCUGCCACACAUCCAGCCUGAGGAGGAGAAUGGUGGAGGGGAGACAUCCCACCUGGAGGCGGCCGAUGCUGAAUCCACCUCAUCGGUCAUGGUGAAGCAGCAACUCACACCCGAAAACGUGCUGGGGAAGAUGGAGCCUGUCUCACGGGGCAAGAGCCUCCGCAACAAGAGGGUCCACUGCCGGCUGCCGGAGGGGGAUGGCUCUGGCAGCGCCGUGCUGAGUCCCUUCGAUGAGCUGCCAGCAGCC